AGCUUGGGUUCAAGCCACCUCGAAUCAAGCUAUACAUUGAACAUCUUGGCGGUUCAGGGCUUGCUGUUGGCAGCCCAAUGCAUGGGCUUAUCCACGUCGUUCUCAAGGAUUUUGUUGUAAGCCGAUGCGGCGAGGACGCCUGGAGGUCAGUCCUACAGGAUCUGCACCUCACGGACGACGCUGCGAUUCUCGAUCUCAAGCAGUAUGACGACGCCACAUCUGUGGCCGCGGUCAACGCUGUGGUCAAGGUGCUCGCGAUCACAUGGGACGACGCUUUGAAAGCAUUCGGUGCCCACUUCAUCGCGUACAUCCAUGCUGGAGGCCAUCUGCGCAUGCUGGAGAGCAUGGGGGACAGCAUUCAGGAGUUUCUGCAAAACAUGGACCACCUGCACAGCCACUUGGAACGCAAGAUCCGAGGCUCGAGGUUCCCCUCCUUCCACGUCAGCGACGAGGAAGAGGACGGUUUUCGGCUCUCCUACGCGUCCGCCCGCGGCGCUGCCCUCGUCGCCUUGGUGGAAGGAAAACUGCAAGCGGCGGCCAAGCUCCUCCACCGGCAAGCCAUCAGCAUGCAGCUCGACGCCGAGCCUCUUCCCGGAUUCUCAGCCACGUGGCGCGUCAAGGUUGGCAGACUGAACAGCGCGGCAGGGGAGCCGCCGGUUGUUGCCGACCGGCGUGGCGCUCUGGUUCGAGGGGCCGCCUGGCACCACGCCCUCGUGAGUUGCUUCAACUUCAGCUGCUGCGCGGAGCCUGCGGGAGGCCCCACUGGUGCCGAGGUUGUACACGAAGACAGCUGCACAGAUCUAUUCCCCGACUGCUCACCCUACUCAGCUGCCUCCCGCGCGUCAAUUUCCCAGCUGGACGAGCUAGAGUGCAAGGCCAAGGGCUUGUCGCAGCCUGCGGACUUGCUGAUGAGGGCAGUUUCCUCCCUACGUGUGAGCGCCAGGUGGGAGGAUGCCGGCUGCCUGGCGCACACGGAGGAGUUUUGGCGCACAAGCGACGGGGACAUUUGUCAUUUCCAGUUGGCAUCACCAGCUCAACGUGCCACGCGCUUCGUAUCACAUUCUUGGUUCGAGCCCGCGAACUGGCAGGAUGUCAUGGGCUCCAAGUGUAGUUAUGCCGCCAUGAAGUCUACAGAGCUGCAGUUGGCUGCCACAGAGAUCGCAGCAGACUCAGGCUGCAAUCUCGAAAACGUAACCUUUUGGAUCGAUAAGUGUUGCAUCCCCCAGCAGCACUCGCUCAAGGAUCUCUGCAUCUCAAUGAUCGAGGAGUUUCUGGACCGCUGCGACGGGAUGGUCGUGCUCCUUACCUGGGAGUACUUCCAGCGACUGUGGUGCGUGUACGAGUGGGCUGCGUUCCUUGUGCGCCACCCUCUAGAGAACCUCACGAUCUGCAUGGAGACAUUCCUGCGCCCGAGCUCCCGCCAGCUGCAUAUCGAAGCCAUCAGGAACCUGACAGUUGACAACUGCAAGUGCUCCCGCGAGCUCGACCGCACGCUGCUCAAGCAGAAGGUUGCGCAGUACUACACCUCCGAGGCCAAUUUCGAGACGCUGGCGCGGUGCAGUGCCAUCGCGCUGAUCGUCCGGGCACUGUGCAGAAGCGCAUCUCGCAGCAUGCACACUUGGGAGGAAGAGGUGGUGCCAUUUCUCAACCUGGCGAGGGACUUAGGCUUGGUCGACCUGGCUGAAGCCCUUGAGUCCGCGGACCCGUGGCGGUGGCGGAUGACCUCCCAGAAAAUCGCCUGCAGUGACGUAUGCGUGUCCAAUACACGAGGUAGUAUCACCGAGGUCAAGGAAUGGCAGCCCCUCUUCAACUACUCAAUUGACUGCUGGUUCGAUGAUCGGGUCGCCCCCGUUCUGCAGCGCACCAAAAGGGCAGCCGUUCGGCCGGACUUCGCAGACAGUUCUGAUAUUCACGGAAGCUUGAGUGAAGCGCGCAAAUGGCAUACGCGUAAAGCCACCGGGUCGAAAUCAUGUGCGAUGCUGGUCGGGGAUUGUGACCCCCAGGUGUCGUGACGAGGUUGUAGUCGGUACAUUUGGUGACCCGCCUGAUGCAUGCGCGCGAUAUAAGCAUACGGCGACCCGCCUGAUGCAUGCGCGCGAUAUAAGCAUACGCGCACGCUCCGCUUAAUGAAACUCAAUUUUUUCGGUCUGGCCAAGAUGCAUCAUAUCGAAGACUACGUUAGCUCAUUGCUGUGGCCGGGCUCAUUCUAGCUGUUCGCGUACGCAAGAUAUUCCAUCAACGGUGACCUUCACUUCAGGCACGAUGCUGUUUGAUGCUUCAGGAGGCGCAGUUCGGUUAUGAUUCGGCUGCGGCCACCAGGCCAUCACGAAUCUGGGGUGAAGGAAUGCAAUAAACCUUAAACGGAUUUCACGUUUUAGAAUACCGCAGACGAGUUCGGCCAGAUUUGUAUCUGCACAAGCUCAGCGACACUUUCAGCAUAUUACCACCACAACAUGUGUAGAACCUAUGUAGAUAUUCGUUGCGCCGAAUCUGCACCUUCGGCGGUUGCAGUAGCCUUUUGCCUUUCAGUGGAAUUCAUUUGUUUUAAUACCGCAGACAUGAGUUCAGCCGGACUUGCAUCUUCACAAGCUCAGCGACGCUUUCAACAUAUUGCCAGUACUAAUUCAAAAAGCGUGAGUACAGACUCGCUGCGCCGAAUAUGCACUUGCGGCGGUUGCAGUCGUGCAGCUUCACUCGUCUCACAGCGAGGAUGUGUGUUAUUUGCACGGUUGAUUAUAUCGGAACGUUGGGUUGUCAUAACAGUGUUCAUUGAAUGCACCCAGCGCGACCCCAAUCAGGGGAAAGUUUCUUCUUGCACGGGAGCAUCGUUUGUCGUUGUUUGGCAUUGCUUGGCGUUGCGUGGCAUUGUUUGGCAUUACUCGGCUCGGCUCAUCUAGACGUCCCCCAGAUGCGACAACUAUUGAUUUUCUGUUGUUGCUCGAUGCUAUUCCCUUUCCUGCUGCUGCAGGCUCCCCCACAGCCGAAAGCGGUCCAAGGGGACCGUGACCCUUCCGAAGCUGCCUUGAGACCGCCCAAGAGGCCUCCAAGCUGCUUUAGUCACGUGUGCCACAGACAUUUCGCCAAUGUGCAUGGCAACCCUCAUGCGAGCGGACUUGUGAACAUUUUUGCAUUGGCAGGCUGAUCUUGAUUCGCUCAGGGAAAGUGGCUGUUCAGGAUCUCUCAGUCGUAACUUUGCGCGCUGGUCGCUUCUCGAUGUUUGCUGUCUCUCGGGCUCCCAGCAUCGGGAUUGGCCACACGCCAACUCAACAGGAAUGUCUCACUUUUGCUGCUGCGCGCCCGGCCAGAGCAUUCUGCGCCUGCCCCGCAGCCUCACGUUCUGAGUUUUUUUAGUGUCUGGAGCCAUGCGGGGGUUGUGAUACUUGCCAGAAGCAUUGCGCCCAAGGUCGUCCACGAAGCACUGAAGUACGUACUGACGUACAUGAGGCAUGUUUCGCAUCAGACGCGAGGUCCUGGAGUCAGUUUGGCACGAUAGUUGAACGAGGAUUCUCCCUGCUUCGCGCGCGAGACGUAAGGUACGGGGUGGUUUUUCUGCAUGCCUGGUGACCAUGGUUCUUCGAUUUUUUUUUAGUCUCUGUAUUUGCAGCCCAGUUAUACAGGGAGAAAGUUGCGCGCCAUCUGCGUUGAUGCUUGGGGGGUUCAGGAAGGACUCCAGCUUCUGCCAGCCGCCCCAGUAUUGGCAAUCGGCAUGUCUGUUGUUGCGCAUCAUCAGACGCGCGGUCCGAGGGUAUAGGUUCAACCUGUCGCCUCAGUACUCGGAAUGGGCCCACGCCCACCGAGCAGUAAUAUGUACAGUUGUAUGGUGCUGCGCGCCAGGUCAGAGCAAAGCUGCGCCCGCGCCCGCGGCCAUCCUGUUCGAGUUGUUGUUUCUGGGGCCAUGUGCGGGUUGCGGCACUUGCCACAAGCGCUGCGCCGAAGGCCGUCAACGAGGCCCCAGCACCAGCAUCGCCUAACCUAUCCCCGUCCACACUGGGCCAUGGUUUCUCAGCGCCACCAGCCCGCGGUGUCGACUCGCAUAUGCUCGUCUGCCUACGCUGCCGGUUCUACAGCUCUGGUGUGCAAAUCAGCGGCCAUGAUGAAAACAAGUUUAAACAAUGAUGUCAAUCAUCCCCCCCCCCAGCUUUCUUUUCACCAGACGGGUGGUACAUGCUG